AUGGUGCGCAUUGCGGAUUCAUCGGUUACUGAUCCCUCGCUCGCUGCUGAGCUCAAGAAGAAGAGAACCUUCCGCACAUUCUCCUACCGUGGAGUUGACCUUGACAAGCUCCUUGACAUGAACAAUGAGGAGUUCGUUGAACUCGUUCACGCACGCGCACGCCGUCGGUUCGGUCGUGGCCUCAAGCGCCGUCCCAUGGGCUUGAUCAAGAAAUUGCGCAAAGCUAAGAAGGAAGCUCCCCCGAAUGAAAAGCCCGCAGUCGUCAAGACCCACCUUCGUAACAUGAUUAUCGUUCCUGAGAUGAUCGGCAGUGUCGUCGGUAUCUACAACGGCAAGGUAUUUAACUCCGUCGAGAUCAAACCUGAGAUGACAGGCCACUACCUUGCUGAGUUCUCGUGCUCCUACCGACCCGUCAAGCACGGUCGCCCUGGUAUCGGUGCCACGCACUCAUCUCGUUUCAUUCCUCUGAAGUAA